AUGAACCUUCGUGAUGCAGGUCGCAAAAGAGCCUUGCUACUUCACUAUGUUGGUGAACGUGUUAAUGAUAUUUUUGACACACUACCUGACCGAGGAGAAAACAACAACUUUAACGCUGCUUGUGAUGCAUUGACGGCAUAUUUUACUCCGAAGAAAAAUGUAUCCUUUGAAAUAUUUAAAUUUCGUAAAUUACAACAAGUCCCAGGCGAAAGCAUCGAUGAAUAUCACACACGCUUACAAAUUGCGGCAAAAUACUGCGAGUUUCACGACCAUGACACGGAAAUUAAAUUACAGAUAGAACUUGGGACUUCAAGUAAGAAGCUUCGGCAACAUUCGUUUCGCAACCCAAGCCUCACUUUAACAGAUUUGAUCAGUUAUGCUAGGACUCUUGUGGAGACUGAAAAACAAGCAUCUGGCAUCGCGAAUAGUUCAUUCAACAUGCCCUCGUCAGCAGAGAUAAACGCUGUCAACAAAGAUAAUUCUUCACCAAAUGAUCAACGUUCACAGAAACCUGAACCAAAACAGAAAGAGCUGCCUAGAACAUCAGAACAGGUACCUACUAGAAAAUGUUUCAGAUGUGGACUUGCCUGGCCCCACAAAGAUCAACCAUGCCCUGCUGAAGGACAGCAAUGCAACAAUUGCAAAAAGUACAAUCACUUUGCACGUGUUUGCAGGUCGACUCGACGAAAACAACCCAGCAACGAAGUCCGUAAGAUUGAACAGGCUCAACAACAAGUAGAAAGUGAUGACAGCGAUGAAUAUGUGUACACACUCGAGACACCAGCUGACAAAGAGAACUUUCAGAAGACAUUAAGAGUUGGAAAUUCAGAGAUACCUUUUCAAAUUGACACUGGUUCAACUGCCAACAUUAUUAAUGAAACAUCCUAUAAACAUCUUGUUGAUGGAAACCCUACAAUAACCCUUGCCAAGUCAAAAAAACGCCUUUUUGGUUUUGCUAGCUCUACACCCUUACAAGUCCUAGGACAAUUUCAAUGUACUCUUGAGUCAUCGCAUAAAAUAACGACUGCAAAAGUGUUUGUAGUGAAAAAUGCAACUGGAUGUUUACUUAGUGGACAUACAGCAAUUGAAUUAGACCUCAUUCAUGUUAAAGUGAAUGCAGUUACAGCACUCAACUCCAAAGAAAUACCAACUCGUCUCACUCCAUUGAUCCAAGAGUACAGUGAUGUCUUCACAGGCAUUGGCAAGCUUAAGAAUUUCAAGGUUCAUUUACACAUCGAUCCAAGUGUCAAACCUGUAGUGCAGCCCACUCGUCGCAUUCCCUUUGCCAUUCGGAACAGAGUUGAAGUCGAACUGAAACAUUUAGAAGACUCUGACAUUAUCGAGCCUACUACAGGGCCUACACCAUGGGUUAGCCCUAUUGUUGUCUUCCCAAAGCCUAACCAGCCUGAUAAAAUACGCUUGUGUGUUGAUAUGCGUAUAUGCCAAAUCAAGCAAUCCAGAGAGAGCAUCACCCACAACCAGUUAUCGAUGAUCUUAUAACAGAUUUAAAUGGAGCAAAAUAUUUCAGCAAACUUGACCUUUCAUCGGCCUAUCACCAGCUUGAGCUUGACGAAGACUCUCGCUCUAUUACCACAUUCACAACCCAUAAAGGUUUGUAUCGGUACAAACGCCUAAACUUUGGUACUAAUAGUGCCAGCGAAAUUUUCCAGAAUGCUUUGGACAAUGUUUUAAAUGGAAUAGAGGGAUGUCGCAACAUUAGUGAUGAUAUCAUCAUAUUUGGAAAGACAGAGAAAGAUCAUGAUGCGUCCUUGCAGAAAGUGCUGGAAGUCCUCAAAGCGAACAAUCUGAAAUUGGGGUUGGCAAAAUGCCAAUUUGACAAAGAACAACUAGAAUUUUUCGGGUAUAUCUUUUCUGCAGAUGGAAUUUCUCCAAGCCCCAGUAAGGUUGACGCCGUGAAGGAAACACCAGUUCCCACCAACCCUACAGAGGUUCGAUCUUUUCUUGGAAUGAUCCAGUACUGUGGACGUUUCAUCCCAAACCUUGCCACUGUUUCCGCACCUCUACGUAUGCUCACACAGAAAGAUGUUAAGUGGGAUUGGACCAGCAUGCAUCAAGAGGCAUUUGAAACUUUAAAACGACUACUGACUUCGGACACGGUCAUGGGGUAUUUCGAUCCUAGCAAAAACACAGAAUUACAUGUGGAUGCUUCACCAGUUGGCCUCGGUGCCAUUCUAACCCAGACAACACCCGGAAAGGAUGAUACGAAAGUUAUGGCUUACGCCAGUCGCUCCCUAACACCAGUUGAAAGCCGGUACUCGCAUAUAGAAAAAGAAGCAUUAGCUAUUAUAUAUGGCAUUGAACAUUUUCGUUUAUAUCUUUACGGGCACGUUUUUACAUUAAUAACUGACAACAAACCUCUUGAAUUAAUCUACAAGAACCUCCAGUCUCGCCCAUCCAGCCGUAUCGAGCGAUGGUGUUUACGUCUGCAAGAGUACUCAUUCCAUGUUAAAUAUCGGCCCGGUCCAAAGAAUCCUUCAGACUAUCUAUCUCGUCAUCCAUGCACUGCCACAAACACCAGAAAUUACCUUGAGAAUAUAGCUGAAGAGCACGUUUGCCUGAUUGCUGAAAAUGCCAUACCUGUUGCUAUGGAUAUUGCUUGUAUCAAGGAUGCAACCAGACAAGACCCCACUCUUAGUAAAACCAUAGAAUUCAUUCAAACAAAUAACUGGACUGCUCUUGAGAAACAAGACAAAAUGUCUACAGGAGUUAAUAUUGAUGAAUUACAUGCCUUGUAUAAACUACGAGAUGAAUUGACUGUGUCAUCAGAUGCCGAUAUUCUACUUCGAGGAAACCGAGUUGUCAUACCAACUAAACUGAGAGCCCAAGCUGUCAAAUUGGCACACGAAGGCCACCAAGGUCUAGUUAAAACUAAAUGCUUAAUGCGAGAGAAAGUAUGGUUUUACCAAAUUGAUUCAUAUGUUGAAGAGUGCAUUAAAAAGUGCUUACCUUGCCAAUCAGUCACUCGACCAAAACCCCCUGCACCACUGAAAUUGAUUCAGAUCCCAAAGCAUCCAUGGGAUACCGUUUAUGUAGAUUUUCUCGGCCCAUUUCCAAGUGGAGAAUUACUUCUUGUGGUAAUUGAUGGUCGAACACGCUUCCCUGAAGUAGAAAUUGUUAAGAGUACAUCUGCAAGUUCUACCAUCCCUCGACUUGAUCGGAUUUUUUCAACACAUGGUUUACCAAAGAAAAUUAUCACCGACAACGGCCCACCUUUUACAAGCUAUGAGAUUCAGAAGUUUAUGAAUGAUAAUAAGAUCCAUCAUCAUAAGAUAACACCACUCUGGCCUCAAGGCAAUGCAGAGGCUGAGAACUUCAUGAAACCUUUGAAGAAAUGUAUCCAAGCUGCUCAUGUUGAUCAUAAAAACUGGCGCAAAGAAAUGUAUCAAUUCUUAUUAAACUACAGAUCCACUCCACAUUCAACAACUACGGUUCCACCAGCUACUGCUUUGUUUGGACGUUCCAUUCGCAAUAAGUUACCGUCAGUUACUGAAACACUCCCAGACAUGAAGUAUAUCAACGAAACAAUAGAUACCGCUGAUCAGAAUGCCAAGUGUAAACGCAAUGAAUAUGCUGAUAAACGCCGACAUGCUCGAAUACCUCAACUCGCUGUUGGAGAUUGUGUUUUAGUGCGGCAAGAGAAACAGAAUAAGUUGACACCACAUUUUGACCCAAAUCCAUAUACCAUAACAGCUGUAAAAGGAACCAUGAUUACGGCUACGAGAGCUGAUCAUUGCAUAACUCGGAACAGUUCACAUUUCAAGUUAUUCACGGGAGGUGCUACAAAUCAAGGAGAAACAAGUGACAACAAAGUUGAGGGACGAAAUGAAAAUGCUAGAGAGAGAGAGAGAAAUGUAGUUGUUGAAAACAGAGAUGAAGGCAGACGACAAUAUCCACGAAGACAACGGAAAAGACCAGAAUUCUUUCAUGAUGGACAACGAUAA